GCCAAUCGGAUUGCAGCUUUUUUCCUGGCCUGUUGGUAGAUGAUGCAGGGCUGCCUAGCAGCCCAGGGGAUUAUAUUGACUGACUGCCAAGUGAUUGCUGCUGAUGCCUUAACUUCAAACAGAGCGUGAUAGUCUGCCUCUAAAAAUAACCGAGGUAGGUCGGCUGACCUCUUAUUUUUCCCCGAAGUUUAGUCCAUUUAUAAAGCAGCACGGGAGUCCGGAUGGCACAAGUCCUGUCUUGACCGGCUGAGCAGUAUCCGAGGGAAAAAGCGCCCGUUGAGGGACGACAAGCAAAAUAUUAAGUUUGUGUUUCUGGGUUACAGAUACAGGAAGGAGAGCUGUUUUGGUACUGAGGCACUGUUAUGUGAAAGAGCUUAAGUGACUGUUAUUUAGUCAGGUGAGGAAACCUGCUAGCAGGGACAAGAAAGGUGGGAUUAUAGGUCUUUUUUUUAGGUUAUAGCAAGACUGUGUUCUUUCUGCAUCUGUCGGUUGGUUUAUUGCGGCAGAAGUGGAACCGUGUGAACGGACCGGUGCUGCACUUGUAAUGCUGGAUCGUUUCGGUACAGUUGUUUUUGCCGGCACUGUACAUUGUAUCGUCGGCAGUUGCAGCAGGUGUUUUACAGGUAAAGUAAAGUAAUAUUGGUGGUGAUCCAGCAAUGGAGAGAUCUGGGUUUCGCUUCUUCCAGUGCUAGAAUUUGAAGAACAAGUGCCGUACCACAUGUAGUUUAAGUUAUGGUCAUCGGCUUCUGAAUUACAAGGAGAAUUUCAUUUGUGAAGAGUGAAGCCUGCAGGAAAGGGUGAGCAAUUCCUGGGAAUCUCCACCGAUGGAGGGUGGAAUGCAACUUUUGAAUCGUGAUGGACACAGCAUCUCUCACAAUUCCAAGCGCCACUACCACGAUGCUUUUGUGUCUAUGAACAGAAUGAGACAACGUGGACUGCUAUGUGACAUCAUAUUGCACGUAGGGACCAAAGAGAUCAAAGCUCACAAGGUUGUGCUAGCUUCUUGUAGUCCAUAUUUUCAUGCGAUGUUCACAAACGAAAUGAGUGAAAGUCGACAAACCCAUGUGACGUUGCAUGAUAUCGAUCCUCAGGCUCUGGAGCAGCUUAUUCAGUAUGCCUACACAGCUGAGAUUAUUGUCGGGGAAGGAAACGUACAGACAUUACUUCCUGCUGCAAGCUUGUUACAGCUGAAUGGGGUUAGAGAUGCCUGCUGCAAAUUUUUGUUGAGUCAGCUUGACCCUUCAAAUUGCCUUGGGAUUAGAGGCUUCGCCGACACCCAUUCGUGUAGUGACCUCUUGAAAUCUGCACACAAGUAUGUACUUCAGCACUUUGUGGAAGUCUCCAAAACUGAAGAGUUCAUGCUCUUACCUCUUAAACAGGUGCUCGACCUAAUUUCCAGUGACAAUCUAAAUGUGCCAUCAGAGGAAGAGGUAUACAGGGCUGUCCUCUGCUGGGUUAAACAUGAUGUUGAUACCAGAAGACAGCAUGUACCUAGGCUUAUGAAAUGCGUUAGAUUGCCAUUGCUGAACCGUGACUUUUUGAUGAGUAAUGUUGAUACAGAGCUUCUUGUGAGACACCAUUCUGAGUGCAAAGACCUUUUGAUAGAAGCCCUAAAGUACCAUCUAAUGCCCGAACAGCGAGGAGCACUAAGUAAUAGCAGGACCAGGCCGCGACGAUGCGAAGGAGCCAGCCCCGUCCUAUUUGCUGUAGGUGGGGGUAGCUUGUUUGCUAUUCAUGGAGACUGUGAAGCAUAUGAUACACGAACGGAUCGCUGGCAUAUGGUUGCAUCGAUGUCAACGAGGCGUGCCCGAGUUGGUGUUGCUGCAAUUGGAAACAAGCUGUAUGCUGUUGGAGGUUAUGAUGGAACAUCCGAUCUUGCCACAGUGGAGUCAUAUGACCCAGUUACAAAUUCCUGGGUGUCAGAGGUUUCCAUGGGAACUAGACGUAGCUGCUUAGGUGUUGCAGUGCUUCAUGGUCUCCUUUAUGCCUCUGGGGGCUAUGACGGUGCAUCAUGCUUAAACAGUGCUGAGAGAUAUGAUCCACUCACGGGGACCUGGACAUCAAUAGCUGCUAUGAGUACAAGGAGAAGAUAUGUCAGGAUUGCUACUUUAGAUGGUACUCUCUAUGCUGUUGGUGGAUAUGACAGUUCUUCACACUUGGCAACAGUGGAAAAGUAUGAUCCACAGACUAAUGCAUGGACGCCGAUUGCCAACAUGCUGAGUAGACGAAGCAGCGCAGGAGUGGCAGUAUUAGAGGGCAUGCUGUAUGUGGCUGGUGGGAAUGACGGAACCAGCUGUCUUAACUCCGUUGAGCGAUAUAAUCCCAAAACAAACACAUGGGAGAGUGUGGCACCAAUGAACAUUAGAAGGAGUACUCAUGACUUGGUGGCCAUGGAUGGAUGGCUGUACGCUGUGGGAGGCAAUGAUGGUAGCUCUAGCCUAAAUUCCAUCGAAAAGUACAACCCCCGCACAAACAAGUGGGUGGCUGCAUCGUGCAUGUUUACUAGGAGGAGCAGUGUUGGGGUGGCAGUCCUCGAACUUCUGAAUUUUCCUCCACCAUCCUCUCCAACCCUUUCAGUUUCCUCGACAAGUCUUUGACAAAGAAUCAAAUCUUGUCUUACCUCAACACGACUGCAGUGUUUUUCAAAAAAGGAAAAGUAGUCCAUCUAACUUAUGAAGCUGAGCGAGCUGGCAGCCCUCAUUCCCUGGUCCUGUACUGAACGUAUGGACUGACUGCACAUUAUUCCAGGCUUUCCUUAGAAGUAGUGCUAGUAGAGAGCUGGACAGUGACUGUACCACUUGACCAUUAAACAGUUUCAUGUUACUGUUUACUAAUUUAUGUUCAGUAUAGUGGAAGGUCUCAAAAACAGUGUACAUUUGAUUUAUUAAGUAGUAGUUCAUGUUGGUUUAACAAGGAAAAAAAUCAUCACCCUCUUAUAUGUUUAAUGAGCACAUGCAUUUCAUUGAUAAAUAUGAUAACCUAAGAGCAACUUUGGUGAUGUACACAAAAAAGCAAUUUGGUGGCAAAAUGGGACCAAAUAAUUACUGACCACAGGUUUUUGAACCGGUCAUAGGUUUCAUCUUUAGUCUUGUAGAUGAACAGAUUGAAUGACUCCUUUGUUUUCUGCUGUUUAUUAAGCAUCCAAUCACAAUCACUGUACUACCUCUAUAAACUGUUUAUCUUAGCCAUAGAAUUUAUAAAAUAAAGCAGAACUGACAGUUAAGGAAAACACAGCCAGUAUGUACUGAUGCUGGGCCUGACAGUUUAGACGUUUGAUAACGAUUUAUUUUGUUUUAUUAACCAAGUCAGCCAAAUGUUACUUUACUAGAGAGUCUGUGGUAGAAAACCUCAACACCAUAAAGCUACAGGGCAUUUUGUUUUCUAGUAAGUCAGUCUAAGUGGCAUCUCCUUGGGAGCUGGAAGAAGAGGGGGUUGCAUGGAGAAAACCCAUUGGGAUAGAGAUGGAGUUACUCAUGAACCCAGACAGUAUCCAGAAGCCAAGGCUCAUUACUAAAGGAAAAUGUGUGCAAUCUGCUUUUUGUGCAAACUUUCUUGCAGCCAACAAGCCCUUCUACUUUAAGUAAAUUAACUGGCCAAGCAGUAGGCAAAAUCUGAAACUGCGCUUGUUUCAUUUCAUGUACCUUUGGCAAGCCAGUAGCAUUUAUAAGACACACUUAGCAGGUAAUUGUAAUUCUUUUUAAUGAAUGAAUGGAGAGCUGGAAGUUCUAAAGGACCAGGUUUAAAUUAGAAUCCUUCCGAAUCUAUCAGGUUUUGGAGGGAUGCAGAUCAGACCAUGGCAGACAAAUGUAGCAAAUACUAGUGUUGUUUGUUAAGCUGUUGCUGGUUAAGCUAUCACUAUGGACUGAGAACAGUUUUGCCUGAUAUUCAUUUCAUCAAUGUGUAAUCUUGUGAGCUGUUACAUUACUUCUGUCAGACAGAAGGUAAACACAUUUAUUUUUUUUUUCUUAAUAUAACUUUAAGUUAUCUGGGGCCAGUACAAGUUAUAGUGUCUUGUGUAUUUUUAACUGAUUGGUUGUUUUGAAGCAUUCUGUUUUGCUAUUUGGAGUUUUUCUGAUUGGUGGUACAGACUGUAAAUUGUACUCUUGAAAGUGGCAUAGUAAAUGACUGAAGCGUGUACAAAGUCCCACUGUGAAAGAAGUGUGAUGUGUAAAAUAAUCAGUCCUUCAGAUGAGACGUUAAACCAAGAUUUCAUCUGCUUGAGUUGGUAGUAGCUCAGGUGGAUGUAAAAGAUCCCAUGGCACCCAUUGAAAAGAGUUUCCCAAUGCCCUGGCCAUCCCAGUAUUAGAAGUACCACCUUUGGUCUCCCCUGAAAAGAGGCCAGUAGCCAAGUGGGACUAACCUGGACAACAAAAGAUAAAGAAAUAAGUAAUAUGUGUGGACAUCUACAGCUAUGCGUUUGGAAGGACAAAGGCAGAAAUUUUGCACAGGGAUCUGUGUUCCGUAUUAUCAUAAUUUCCCAAUGUUUUAUGAAAGCAGGGUUGGUAUUUUUAUUUUCCUGCUGUGCUACGGUUGAACUACACAACGAGUUUCAGUAGGUAGGCCUGUUUCUGCCUUUUUGACACAGUUUAUGAUGUGAGAUUCCUGCCUGCUGUUAGGGAAGCAAACACAUUUCUAACGUUUAGAACCUGCACUAAGAAUGUUAUCCAUGAAAAAAAUGUAUUGGCUGAUAUGUUUUAUUUUGUAAAAAAAAAAACUGCAGACCUGUACUAUGCGUACAUUUUAUUACGUCCCAUCAGUACUUUUAACUAGCAUGUGAAAGACAGGUUUGGGUUAGAGCCCUCUGCUUUGCUUUCAUGUAUGUCAGGUUGAGGCACAUGUGAUCAUGUGUUCUGAUCAGGUGGUACUUCAUGUAUUUGAUUUUCUUCCUUCAUUGGGUUUGAAUGUGUUUACUGUGCUAUUGUGUGUUUGUCAUCCAACAAGGGUCCAUUACUUCUGCUGCAAUUAACCAGUCUGACUGACUGCCACAUCUCAUCCACUUCUCUGAUGUGUUUCUUAACAGUUUUACUUUAUUUUUAAUCCAGAAUCUCACUUCCUGCACUAGCUUUGGUUUCAACAAAUUUAAUGUUACCAUAUAUUUUAAUUACCGCUACCUCCAGCCUCCCACAACUCUUUUGUGUUUCAUUUCAACUUUUAUUGAAGCAGGAAUACAUUUUUUGUUUUCUUUGUGAGCAGCCUUAACACUACAUCAUGUCAAGAUACGCCUGUAGGAUUAGAGCCCCUCCUGUUAGAUAGGUGGUUGGUCACCUGUGUGGUCAGAGUAUUAUUUUUUAAUGGCACAGCAGGUAUCCACUAGCAGUGGUGAGUGACUCAGCCUUGCCCCCAUCGUCACCUUUUCAAGGUGUAGUGUUUUCUAUACCUCUGAAGAAAUCCCCCUCAAGUUGUAACUGUGCAGUGAUAUCCACAUGCAAGACAUCUGGUAUACUGCCAUACAGUAUCUGCGUAGAAACCCCUUCCACAUUUGUCAUACAGUUAUGUCCACUAACCAUAAAGUAUGUCCUUCUAGGGAGGUACAGCGGUCAAUCCGCCGCUCAUUCUUUCUGUUAAUGGGCAGCCAAUCACCAUACCUCUCAGCUGUUCCUUAUUUUGCAUAACAUCCAUGACUUUUCCCGCAUAUUUUUGCCUUAUCCGUUAAAAAAUUUAUUUUUUGUUUUUUUCUCCCUCUGCGAACACCUCCUCUCCCACUGUAGCUCCUUCAAGUUCUGCUGUUGCCAACUGCUGAGGUGAAGUAUGCUUCCAGGUGCUGAGUUCCCCAUGGCUUAGCAUUGCAAAUGCACUCUGUCAGCUGAGGUGCAGUAGAAUGGAAUUCCUCAGGAUGUAACAUCUAGUGCUGCUGCUAGGUGUCACUCAUGCAACAAGCCAGAGCAGUCUCCCUUCCUGAUUGGUGGGAGAGCUGGUAGCGGCUGCAUCUAGUGCUGUUGCUAGCUGUCACUUAUGCAGCAAGCCAGAACCAUCUCCCUUUCUGAUUGGUGGGAGAGCUGGCAGCGGCUACUCAGUCCCAUCCCCCACAGCCAGCUCCUACAGAUUUCUGAGCCACUUAUCAAACUCUGUCACCCGCAUUGUAGUCUGUACUUUAUUCCCCUUCUCCACAGGUCUGGCUGUUUCUCAUAUUUUUUUUUUCUUGGUAAAUUACUGAGGAUUACAGUCACUCAUUAAAACCUGACAGAGUUUACUACUCCGUGUUCUUCAAAAAAUGCAUGUUUGUGCAAAACCGGUUGUAUUAACAUUGUAAGUGGAAUAGAGAAAUAUUUAAAUAUUGUCUCUGAUUUUGAGCCUUUUUUCCUCUCAUUAUUUUUGGCUUUGCCCCUGAUUCUUGAGCAGAGAAGUUGGUAGAUUUACCAAUCACCAACCGUCAUCUGGCACUGAACAGGAAUCACAGAUGGCACAGUUAUGAACCAUUCCUAAGCAUCGUUACACUGGCUUCUCCUUUUUGGGCAAAAUAAAAUGAAAGACCCAUACUAUACAAGUUCAUAGGUAUAUACUAGGCUAUCAGUCGUACAGACCAUUACAAGCCUGGCCAUAAAUAGCCUUUUUCCUCCUUAAUUGUCAUGUGCAGCAGGCUGGCUAGUGUGUUUGGUUAUGAGCUUCAAACAUUCUUGACCAUUCCUUUCCCCAGUUUGCAUUCUGUGGUUGCACUAAACUGAAUUCAGCUGUGUUGCUGCCCGAGUCCGUGCUACUUAAAUUAAAGCACUAAUGAUUCAGAAGGGAUGUUAGAGUACACAUGCCUGUCACAGCAGGCACCUGUUCAUUCUAGGGGUAACAAUGCAGCCAUUAGCUUCUGGUUUGAAGGAGUGGCCGACGUUUAUCUGCAGGUUUUAUGUUACUGCAGCCCAGACAUUGUCCUGGUGAAUUAUUUUUAUCUUGCUCCCCCCAGACUGGUUCUUGAUGAGGUUUAGUAUGCCAAAGGGAAAACGUAUGCUAGUUUUCCUUUAUUCUAGCAUUUAUUGGGCACAGAGUGUAUGGAAAUAAAAUUAAUAAUCUUGCCCAGUACUUACCUGGUGUAUAGGUUAAGGUUGCAAGCUGUAGCUCCUAUGGUGCAGGGAUUGAUUCCCCAAGGCCUCAUUUUUCUCCUGUGUGAACUUGAGUAAGUCACUUAACCAGAAAGGUCACCCCUGAAAGGGACUGUUUGUCCAUUGAACCUCCCUGGUUAACAAAUAGGGUUAUUAUUAGCUGUACAUUCUACGAGUUCCAUUCAUUCAGGGACCCGUUAUGCUUUGUUCAUAAACUGGAAGUAGCAUUUGCAGUAUUUGCUGCUUGUCUUAAAGCAGACAUCAGCCUGCUCUUUAAGAAAAAGUUGCUUGCCUUUUUGAAAUGUUUCCAUUAUUCACUUGAGAUAUUUUCUUUCAAUGCUAGUGUAAAUGUGGAUUUAUAUAGAGGUUCUUUUGCAGCUGUAGUAUGCAAAAAUUACCGCCUCCAUCUUCCAGAAUGAGUAGCACAGGACUAAACCCACAGACCUCUGACUCGUAAUGCAGGUAUAAUAUAUUUAAAUGCAUUAUCCUGUCUCUGCCUUUCUCUUCAACCUUCACACCUUUUUUGUGUAUUAAUUGCACUUGAGGCCAGUAGCCAUGAUGUUACCUGUGCUGAUAUGCAUACUUAAUUAGAAAAUCCACUUUCAACUCACAUGUUUAGUUUCCUCUUUAUAAUUUAGGGCUUUGUACGCAACAGUAUGCUGUUUAUUCAGCCUGAAAACACACUUCUGAGAAGUUUUAUUUUUUAUUCUAAAUGUGAAAAGCUUGUAUGUGUAUUGUUUGUUUACAACUGCUUAAGGACAAGGCAAGACUGUCUUGUGCACAACAAUGUCCAGGUUCAAAACACAUAAUUUUUUAAGCAAAACCUUGGAGCACUUCAAGGCCAGUGCAAAUAAAAAUGGCAAUCCUUGGAUAUUUUUCAAAAAAUGUUCUGCUUGCAUUUUUAAUCUUUCCCAAGACGGUUUAAAUGUCUGUUGUCUAUUCAAAAAAUCCAGCAUGUGUUACAAGGAAGUAAUGUGGUCAGAUUGUCUAUGUUACUAUAUUUAUUUAUUUAUUUAACAUUUGUUUAGAGGGAAAGUCCAACUUGGAGCAAAGCCAAUUUUCACCGGUGGCCCGGGGAGAAAUGCUACAGAUGCAUGUCUUUGUAAUGUGGGAGGGAACCGGAGCACUGGGAGGAAGCCCACAAGAAUGCAGGGAGGACAUGCAGACUCCACACAGAAGGCACCCCAGCCAGGAAUUGAACCAGAGAACCUCUUGCUGUGAGGUGACAAUACAAUUGCUGCACCACAGCACCAUCCUUUUGUAACACAAUUCUCUGCGUAAUGAAGUGAAACUAUAAAACAAAAGUGGCUUCCAAGGAUUGCCAUUUUGUACUGGCCCAUCUGUUCUAAUAACUCUUCAGGUAUAAUCUCUCUCUCUCUCUCUUUCUCGAUCUAUAUAUAUAUAUAUAUAUAUAUAUAUAUAUAUAUAUAUUGCACCAUGGCAAAAUGUAGUGCAAAAGAUAAUUGUCUUUCUGUUUAAAAUUAAGUUGAAAUGUUUGUUUGAUAUGAAUGGUCUUUACUUUUGUGUAAUUCCAUUUCUUUAUGAUGUGUGAAAUGUUUAUUUAUGUAUAUAACUUAUGUAAGCUUAUUUAUGUGAUCCAUUACCUAAAUUUUUGCACUACACUAAAGAAGCAAUACAAGGUGAUAUCUAAAAUAAACUGGUUUUCAUCAGUG